GUGCGCUAAUCAAAUUGACCGUUUUUAUAUACGUUACAAAAGGAUAAGGAAACCGCAGACCUACUUCACUCUCUCUUCAUUGUUGAACGUUUAAUGGCAAUCGCAGCCGCAAACUGCUGGUUCUCCACCGGCUGCACCACCACCUACAGCCUCUUCUCCACUUCGCGUAGGCCGACUUAUUUGUCUAGUGUUCGUAAACCCUCCGAUGAUCAGAAUCAAGCUCCGAUUCAAGGAAAACCCAAGAAAUCCCUCUGUAAAUUCGGCAUUCAGAAUGAAGUUAGCACUCUGAAAUUUAAGCUGAAAUCAAGAGAUGAAAGGUCCUUUCCAAAUUCUGAGGGUAGAAGUGAUUGGAAUAAAGCUGGACGGUCCCAAUCAACAGUGUUCAAAUCACUUGGUGUACAGAAGAAAGAAAGCCAGGGAAUUCUGGUUGACUUGAAGGAACAACAGGUUGAGGCGGGUAAUCUUCAGAAUGCUUCUUUCCUUAAUGCUGUUGUUAAGGUUUACUGUACUCAUACUGCCCCGGACUAUUCCCUUCCUUGGCAGAAACAACGACAGUACACAAGCACAGGAAGUGCUUUCAUGAUUGGGGAUGGGAAGCUAUUGACAAAUGCACACUGUGUUGAACAUAAUACACAGGUCAAAGUGAAAAGAAGAGGGGAUGAUACAAAGUAUGUUGCCAAGGUCCUAGCAAGAGGCGUAGAAUGUGAUAUAGCUUUGCUUUCUGUUGAAAGCAAGGAAUUUUGGCAAGGAGCUGAGCCUCUUCAUUUUGGAUGCUUGCCUAAUUUGCAGGAUGCAGUGACUGUUGUUGGUUAUCCUCUUGGAGGAGAAACCAUUUCAGUGUCGAAGGGGGUAGUAUCAAGAAUUGAGGUAACAUCAUAUGCUCAUGGAUCUUCUGAGUUACUUGGUAUUCAAAUUGAUGCCGCAAUAAAUCCUGGUAAUAGCGGUGGCCCUGCGUUCAAUGACAAAGGAGAGUGCAUUGGGGUUGCGUUCCAGGUAUACAGAUCUGAUGAUGUUGAGAAUAUUGGUUAUGUGAUUCCAACGACAGUUGUAUCUCAUUUUCUUGAAGAUUAUGAGAAGAAUGGGAAAUACACCGGUUUUCCUUCUCUUGGUGUGUUGUUGCAAAAAUUGGAGAAUCCAGCUUUGCGGGCAUGCUUAAAUGUGCCAACUAAUGAGGGUGUACUUGUGCGAAAGGUUGAACCAACUUCCCAUGCCAAUGCUGUGUUGAAGGAGGGGGAUGUCAUAGUAAGCUUUGACAAUGUUCGCGUUGGGUGUGAAGGAACAGUACCUUUCCGGUCAUCUGAGCGCAUUGCGUUCCGCUAUCUUAUCAGUCAAAAAUUUACGGGAGAUGAAGCAGAACUUGGCAUUAUUAGGGGAGGGCAGUUUCUGAAAGUUCAAGUCAUUUUGGAUACGCGAGUACAUUUGGUUCCAUAUCACAUUGAAGGAGAUCAACCAUCAUAUUUAAUAGUUGCUGGUUUGGUGUUUACACCUCUUUCAGAACCUCUGAUAGGGGAAGAAUGUGAAGAAAGCAUUGGGUUAAAAUUGUUGACUAAAGCACGGUACUCUAUGCCAAGGUUCAAAGGAGAACAGAUAGUAAUCCUAUCGCAGGUUCUGGCAAACGAAGUAAACAUUGGAUAUGAAGAUAUGAGCAACGAACAGGUUUUGAAGUUAAAUGGAACUUGGAUCAGAAAUAUUCAUCACCUGGCCCAUCUAGUCGAUUCUUGCAAGGAAAAAUAUCUAGUGUUUGAAUUUGAAGACAACUUCUUGGUUGUUUUGGAGAGGGAAUCAGCUUUAGCUGCUUCAGAGAGCAUCCUCAAAGGCUAUGGAAUUCCAUCAGAAAGAUCAGCCGAUCUGUUAGAUCCGUAUGUGGACCCUGUCAGCCAAAACGAACCCAUAGAUCAACGUGAGUUUGGCGACAGCCCUGCUUCAAAUUCAGAGAUUGUUCAUGACGGUCUUCUUUGGGCGUAAGUGCUUCAUUACAUUUUAAUAAUAAUUGAAAAUUUCUGCAUUUAUGGUGCAGAAGUUAAUUUUUGUAGAAUGUAGGUAUAUUUGAUUGAGGGUCUGCAUUUGACCCUGAAACCAUCGACAGCCCUUCCCCCCAACCCUACUCAUGUUGUUUUACAAUUCACUUGGGGGCUUGGGGUGGCAGAGCUUGCUCUGGGGGCUGUUGAAUUGUUGUGAUAUUAGGUGAUGGAGAAUAGUAAUGUCGAUUCUUUGUAAUUUAUAAAACUAGACAUGUGAUCUUCAAACCGAAACUCGUGGGAGAGAAUAGACCUGUCAACCCGCAUGAUUUA